AUGGAUCAAUCCGAAUUCAAAUGCACAUCCGAAGGAGGACUUAGAGCUCCUGAAGACAGGAUCCCAGAGAUUUCUAUAGGCAGAAUAAGUGUGAAGGAUCCACAGGACAUUAUCCCGGAGGUUGGUAACACUAUAUUCAUAAAGUGUGAGUUAACUGAACCGGAAGCAGAAUCUGCAUUUGACACGGAAUUUGCCUCUCAUACACCUUGCCAUGUGAAAACUGAAAUUGGAACUUCUCCAAGUGAAGAAAAAAAGUCCGUUGAAUACUUCAAUAGCGCCUCGUGUUCCUCCAAUUCUCUCAUCGGUCAUUCCAUCAGGAUAAAAUCGGAAGGAGAAAAUGAAAAUUGGAUCGACCAGUUAUAUACCAGUAUUGAGAUUAAAAACGAAGACCCUCUUAAGACUGACAGCUAUGAAUGCACUUACGUAAAGGAAGAUAGAGAACAAGAUUUUGAAAAUGAGAUUCAAAAUCAUAUGCCAACCACAACAUGCAAACCGUUCGGUUGCAGUCGUUGCUCGGCCCGUUUUGCUAUAAAAGGUACUUUAAAAACACACAUGCGAACACAUACCGGUGAAAAACCAUUCACUUGCAGCCAUUGCUCUGCUUGUUUCCCUCUAAAAAGAACUUUACAACGGCACGUGCGAACCCAUACCGGUGAGAAGCCAUUCUCUUGCAGCCAGUGCUCGGCUUGUUUCGCUAGAAAAGGAGAUUUAAAACAACACAUGCGAACACAUACUG